UAACUGAUUCACAAUUAUAGAUUUGGAUGAUUUAUCACUUGAUCUGUGAUGAAUCAUUUUGCUCAGCGAAACCUUUCUGGCUCGAGUCUUGACAAACACUCUUCAAGGAGCAAUACUCGUAUUGCGUUUCCACCUCCAUUAUUUGGAAAAGAAUUGCAAGUAACUGGUCCAGGUUUUGGUUCACCAAUUACUCCAGAAGAACUCGCACGGAGCUUGAGAGAAGCAGAUGACCCCUUAUGGGAACUUAUAAGACGAGAGGCAGAGAUAGGAGCUAGGAACGAGCCUCACUUGGCCAGUACUCUUUUUGCUAUUGUUUUGAACCAUCGCACUCUAGAGGAUGCGCUGUCAUUUCAUUUAGCAAGCAAGUUGGAAUCUGGAUAUUUUCAGGCAACGCAAUGGAUGGAGUUAUUGAGAGAAGCUAUGAAUGAUUCAGAAUUGUAUCGCAAUGCUAUUCGAAAGGACUUGAUGGCUGUGACGACCAGAGACCCGGCAACACAACAUGCGAUUCAGGCUCUUCUGUUUAGCAAAGGUUUUCAUGCUUUGGAAUGUUAUCGCUUAGCCAACUGGUUAUGGGAAAGAGGAAGGAGACCUUUGGCCCUUUAUUUACAAAGUUUGGUGUCGAAAAGUUUUGCUGUGGAUAUACACCCAGCUGCUAAAAUUGGCUCCGGUGUGUUUAUUGACCAUGCAACGGGAGUAGUUAUAGGUGAAACGGCGACAGUAGGAAAUCAUGUAUCCAUGCUACACAAUGUUACUUUAGGUGGAACUGGAAAGGAAACUGGUGAUCGUCAUCCCAAAAUACGAGAUGGAGUCUUAUUAGGCGCAGGUGCUACUGUUUUAGGUAAUAUAGUGGUUGGUCGUGGUGCCUAUGUUUCCGCGUGUUCAGUUGUGUUAAAGUCUGUUGAGCCAUUUAUGGUAGUUAGUGGUGUUCCUGCAAAGGUGAUCGGUAUUUUGACUUAUCAACAAGGUGUAUUUCCAUCCUUUGAAAUGGAUCAAAGAGUUAGUGUGUGUGGAAUGUUUAUGAAGCCAAUCUCGUCAGAUUUUGGUCAGGAGGAGAGUUUUGUCGACUUUGGUUUGCAUAUAUAAGCCUGAAUAAGAAUAUUUAUUGUUUUCCACACGUUAUUGUAGAUGGAGACGUUAACAUAUUGUUGUUCAUAGAAAACUGUUUGUGUUGUCUAAGCUAACAUGAAUCAGCAGCUUUUACUAGUUUGAUGAAUUCUCUUCACUUAUCAUGUGAUGGUUCUUUUAAAAUGGUAGUUUGAAUCCAACUCAAGUUUGUAAAGAGUUUCUCUGUUUCCAUCUCAAGUGAAUAGGAAACAGCAUAAAUAAAUCUCUUCUCAUUUUA